AUGGAUAUUGUUUGGGGUAUUUCAAAAGCAGAUUAUCAUAGUUGGGAAUCAGUAGUUGUUUCAAAAACAGAAUAUGUUUCUCUUGAUAUAUAUUAUUCAAAAACAUAUGAUGAAGAAUUAGAAGUAGUAAUUUUUCUAAAUAGUAUAGACAUUUCUAUUGGGUCUUCAUUUAAGAUAGAAAUAGCACAAAAAAGGAAAAAUGGGUUUAUGGUUCAAUGUACAUUUGAUGAAGGAGAGUUAUUAAGUUUUGGAAUAUCCUACAUUGCAUUUCUGCCUAUUCCUAAUAUUAUUGAAAAGAGAGUCAAUGUUUCUUCUCAAGAAAUACACCAAGAUUUAUCACAUACAUUUAUUGGUGGGAUUAGUGCUAUGCAUCAUGUUCCUAAUAGUUUUGAUUUAUCUUUAUCAACUGGAGGGUAUAAAACAAAAAACUACACUAUUCAAUAUUUAAAAAUUAAUAAUGACCUUAUUGGGGAUUCUCCUGAUCAUUGUUUAACUUGUUUAUAUUCACCAAGUGUCUCUAAUCAAAAUGGAUUAGCUUUUGUUAAGGAAUUAAGUACAGCACAUCCAGGAUGUGAAGCAUUACCAAUAUUACAUAAUUUCUUUAGUCAAUCAAAUACUAUUCGAAUUUCUACAUUUCAAAACCAAAGAAAAGAUGGUAUUAUAAUAUCUCUCUUUUCAGAUCAAACAGAGAAAGUUACAUAUUGUGUUCUUCUACUUAAGAUGAAAGUAAUAAAACAAAUAACAACCACAGAAAUGAAACUCUAUCAACCAAAAAUAAUAUGUUAUUUAUGUCAAUCAAAUACAGCUGAUUGUGUUUUUAAGUCAUGUUCUCAUCUUUCCAUUUGUUCAAAAUGUUUAACAAAAAUAAAAGAAUUUGGUUCUGCUUUUUGUCCUGUUUGUGGUAUUUGUUCAGAGAUUAUAAUCAUUCAAUCUAAUUAA